AUUGUUAGAUAAAUUGUAUAUAUAUGUUAUCAUGCGUUCCCUAAUGAGUACUUAUUAAUAAGUUAUUGCGCAGAAUGCUUGCUGUUUCGCCUUGCAGACGUCCACCAGUCCACAACAAGUCAUACGAUGCUGUCUGGGGCUUCCUGACCUUCUACACCUCUGGGAAUCCAAGAAAGUUGCUGAUAGCUCAAUCUACUCUGUUGAUGUCUGCACAUGACAUUCUGUCCUUGCAUUCCUUUCCCAUGGCGUCCUGUCUGUAACUACUUGUUUCACAUAGAAUACUUGUUUAUGUCCUUGCGCUCCUUUAUUUUCUCGUGAGACUAGGCCAUGCUUUCCCCCCCACCUGUUAGGGGCUGGUCUCACAUUGUAGAUAGGGCAUCCCUUAAUAAAAAGAGCGAGGGGUGUGACAGAUCUUUAGUGUUUUCUGGACUGCUGUAAGUCUGGUUGCACUCCUCGCGAGAAAAGACUCAACAUUCUGCCUCACUGGUUUUGUCUGCUGAUCCUUUUGCUGAUUUUGAACCUGACAGAUUUUUGGGGGCUCGUCCGGGAUCUCAAUAGACCGACUUCGGGUUCCGGCUGACUUUUCGACGCAGGACAAGUCCUUGGCCAAGGCAUAGAAAGGAAACCCUUUUCACGGGGCUGUCUCGAUCAGUCAGCUGGACGCCGGAGUGGUUGACGAGAUCGUCCGAGGGAAAGGCCCAGCGGACUGAAGACCCCAAGGUGGUACCGGGAGACUGGGUUUUGAUCAGGAGUAUCAAGAGGAAGAAUUGGCAUUCACCCAAGUGGGAAGGUCCCUUUUUGGUACUACUCACGACACCUAAUGCUUUAAAAAUAGCCGAACGCAACACGUGGAUUCAUUUAACUCAUUGUAAAAAAGUGAUCUCCGCAGACCCAACCUAAGUACGGAAGGUGAGCAAAGUCUGGUAAUAGUGCCUGAUUCUGGUGUCAAGAUCCAGGGUUGACACGAAAGCUAGCAGAAGAAUUCCAAGACGCCAACCCGAAGCUCAGGGUGUUGACUCUGGGGAGAUCCAAAACAUGAGCAUUAGAGAGUCAUUUGGUGAGUGCUUUAAUCGGGCUGUAGCCUGCGCGAAGUCUACCAUGUGCUUUUGGUUGUUUUUGAUGGUUUGUGUUACCAUUAUAUUUUUUUCAGGGGUUACUUUAUCUGGAGGGAUAGAGUGCCAUGAGCCUCGCACAUUAUUCUCUCAGGCGACUGCUAACGCUAAUUCUAGUCGAUGUGGCUCAUGGGGAGAACUUGCUAGACAUAAGCGCGACACUAAAUCCCCUUUUGGUCAUGUUGUUUGUGUUCCAGGAGCCGUCCGUGUUCCAACCUGUGUACCAUGGCUUUUGUCUUGGGCUUAUAAUAACUCAUUAAUGUUUACUGUGGCUCCUAACACAUCUUCUUCUAUUAUUUUACCUUUGAAAAGUUUGAAGGGGUUUCGUAAUGGUCGCCCCACUACUGGAGAUAGAUGGCUCGGGUAUUGGUGGUAUUUGACUGGCCACCCGGUUAACACCGGCUGGGGCACCCUUGUCACCACGCAAAUGCGGGGGUAUUGGCCCUCUGGUUCCAGUGACGAGGCUGUGUUCUUUGCUAAACGAGUGACUUUGAUAAAUCGGGGCACAAGCCUCCUUUUGACUCUUACACUCCCUGACGGUCAUAUUCGUCCUCCAAAUGCCACCUUGUUUAACACUUCUUGUUGGGGUUUUCAACUGUGGGCUUGGUCCUCUGGAACCGAUCCUCGCUUUCCUAUUGCUAUUUGCCUUAAUAGAACAAUGUCGGUCGCGGACCGUCCCGUUACAAAUAGAUACACCUUGUCAGCGGGAGCAAAAAUCACGAGUACGCUCCUCACUGAUGUAGACAGCUAUUUUGUGGCCUCCACAGGGAUAAGCGGUCAUACUAACAACUGGCUUCUUAUGGCUGAGCAGGCCGCAAAGAUGGCUGGCGCUAGUUGCAUUGCAUGCAUGGGUCCCAGACCUCUUUUGAAAAUCAUACCUGCAAAUAUAGGCCCUAAGUGUGCUGUCGUUUUGAUGUUAGACUCGUCCAUUUCACCCGCUCACGAUUGUUUUAGAUGGGAUACGGUUUACCCUGUUGCCCCUAUGACAAAGCAUAAACCCCUUUUUUCGUCUGUUGCCAGACUCCUGAAACAAGCAGCUCAUCGCUGUCCAAGCCCCGACAUAGACUGGGUAAAUUACUUCAUCAUACCAUGGGACAGGUUCUCAGAGGAACUGAUGCAGUCACUAGAAAGAGGAAAACGACCAAGUCCACGACUAAGGAGGGAGAUGUCUCUCACAAAGUUAAAAAUGAUGAGGGGAGAGCUAAAUGGUUGCUCUGAAGAUGUUAAGGAGAUGGUGCUGCUUCUCCUGUCCUACUUUGAUGAGAAGGAAGAUGCAAUGUUCUAUCAUGUGGAGGACACAUGCCUGGCUGUGGAAGUACAGAUGGAUCAGAUUCCCUUGACACCCACCAUCGUUGUGUGUGACCAGACGCAGGCUCCAGGCGGCGGUGACGUCACCGUCGCCACGCGACCAUAA